AUGAGCGAUGAGCCGGCGCGGAAGCGCAUGAAGCGAGUCGUGGUGGACUCCGACGAGGAGGACGACGAGGCCGGGCCCGCCGCUCCACAGGCUCCGAGCCCUGACGACGACGACGGCUUCAUCGUCGACGCGCAUGGCAAGGCGGAGCAGGUGGAGGAGAGCGAGGCCAUCUUCGGCACGGACGCGGAGCUGCGCGAGCUGCUCGAGUACACCGGCGGUGCGGCCAUGCUGACGGACGUUGACGAGAAGAUCCGAGCCACCGACCUGCCCGAGCGGCUGCAGACCGACCCGUCCGUCGUGGACAGGCCGCCCCCCGAGGCGGGCGAGGGGUGCGCGCGGCUGGUGGUCCGGCCGACGCCGCGCGGCGAGAGGGAGGUGGACCCGGCCCACCGCUUCUACAAGCUCGUCGAGCUCGCCGAAGGGCGAAUGGACCCGGUCAGUGGCCGGCGCGUGCCGAUCGAGGGGGGAGGGCGCGAGCUGCGCUCCCUCCGCGUGCAGGGAGGGGAGGCGGCGGCGCUCGCCGGCGGCUUGGGCGGCGGCGGCGCGGCGGCGCGCGCGGAACAGUUGCUGCUCUGUCGCAAGGCUGCGGAGGAGGGUUUCUUCACGAUGGAGCUGGCGCCGCCCGACGAGGCGGAGGACGCGCUGCUGCAGCUCUGCUGCUCGUGCUUCCUGUCGACGGAGGGGACGGAGACGGGCGACGCGUGGAACGAGCAGCGGACGGAGGUGCUGCGGCGCGCGCUGCGCGGGCUCGUCUACCCGAAGCUGCUCGCCGAGCUGCUCGAAGCGGCGAUGCGGGAGGCGCAGGCAGAGCUCGCCUCGUACUGCGCGGCGCAGCUGCGGCGGCUCCUCCUUGCACCUCCGCUGAGGCCGCCCGCCGACGCCGACGAGGCGGGGCGCAAGAAGAAGAAGAAGAAGAAGAAGAAGAAGGGGCGCGGCGGCGAGGAGGAGGCGGAGGCGUGGUGGCCCGCAAAGUGCGGCCACGGUCCGUGGGCGGAGAGCUGGACGAGGGAGGAGGAGGCCGACCCGGCGCUGCAUCGCGCGAGGGUGGCGGCGAUGCAGUACUACCCUCGCUCCGCGCGCGUCGCCGGCGCCACCCUUGACGUCGAGAUCGGAGGCGUGGCGUCUGAGAGUCUUGACGCGUGGCCGCCCUCGCCGCCAGGCGCCACUCUUGACGUCGAGACAAACGCCGUGACGCUGGUUGCCAUCGACGAGCACGGGGAGGCGACGCGCGUCGAGGCGGUCGUGCUCUCAGCGACCGACUUCAAGCGCGUGCUCGACGAGCUCUCCCUCGUGUCCGAGGCGAUGGCGCUGCGGCGCAAGUUCACCGCGCCGCGCGAGCGCAAGCCGCAGCCGCCGCUACCGAGCCACCCAAGCCGGGAGGAGGUGGUUAAGCAUGGGUGGGAGGCGCUCUGGCACCACCGCGCCGGCGACUCCCUCUCCGAGGGCACGGACGGCGAGGCGUUUGCGCACGAGCUGUACCGGCACGGCUGGGACAGGCAGACGGAGCUGGAGGGCUGCACCGGCCCGCAAAAGGAGCUGGACGGCUGCAACGACCCGUCGGGCCACGGCACCGUGCGGCAGGUUCACUUUGCCGAUGAGACGCUGCCGCGCAUGUGGGCGGUGAGGCCGGCGGCGCGCGCGGAGCUGCCGGACCUCACGCCGACGCAGUGCAUCGCGCUGGCGCUCGCGCGGCACGUGCAGGCCGCCGCGUUGCGCCGCGAGCUGCUGGCACGGCGCGCGCAGGGCGGGAAGCACGAGAUCACGAGCCGGGACGGGCUGCACGAGCUGCUCGGGCCUUGCGAGCCGCGGCAGCCCCCCGGGCUCGACGGGAUGCGAAUCCACCCGGACGACUACCGUUUCGCGCGCAAGAUGUGCCUCGACGCGAUGACCGACGUGGAUGCCGAGGAGGAGGCGGAGACGCCCGAGCGGCUCGCCGCCGCCGUCGACGUGGCCAUGCGCGCGCCAAACCUGGCGCAGAUCAUGGACGAGCUAGAGCUGCUUCUCGGACCACUGACAGCGGCUGGGCUGCGCAAGCAGGAGGGGGAGAAGUACAUGCUGUCCACGCUCACCGACCUGCGGGUGGAGCUGCUGCACCCGUUCCAGGACAAGCGCGGCGACUGGUCCUCCCUCUGGGAGCACGGCCCGCUCGACAAGGAGCGGCUCCUCGAGCUCCUCUCCGCCACGCUGCACGGGGACGACUACGACGUGCACGAGAUCUACCCGCCCGGCCACCCGCACGCGGGCGAGCCGUCGCUGCUGCGCGAGGGGAGGGGCCGUCUACGAACCUUCUACGAACCUUCUACGAACCUUCUAGGCGAGCCGCUGCUGCUGCGCGGCGGCACGCUCGCGCAGGCGGCCACCGCGGCGAUCGUGCGGCCGGACAACCGCGGCCUCAAGGACGGGCAGAUGCAGUUCCACAUCCGGCUGCAGUGCGGCGUCACGGGCACCAGCCAGGAGGAGGAGGGGCGCACCAUCCAGGAGGAGGACUUCUCCGACCAGAGGCGGCUGCCCCGCCGCGACGGCGCGGGCGGGCCAGAGGUCGUGAUGCCGGUGCGCGAGGGGCAGCUCAUCUCGGUGCGCGUCAAGACGCUCAACUUGGUCGACCACACCUGCACCGCCACGUGCGCCGGCAAGGAGCUGCAGCGCGCCGAGUACAUGACCCUAGCGCAGGAGCGCGCAAAGGCGGCGGCCGAGGAGGCGGCCAAGCGGAGCGGGGGGCGCGUGCGCGCCUUCUUGGCGGCGAUGCCGGUCGGUGAGACCGUGUUUCGCCCCUCGUCGCGCGCGGACCACCUCACCGCCACCGUCAAGCUGACGGCGCACGGGCCGCUGCUGCACGUCGACAUCCUCGAGAAGGACAAGCCGUCGCCCGCGGAGCUCGGCGCGUACCUGUGGAUCGGCCGCAGCGACGCGAGCAAGCAGGGCGACCGCUUCGACGACCUCGACGAGAUUCUGUACCGCUACGUCGAGCCGCUCGUGGAGAACAUGCGCGAGGUGACGGGGCACCGCAAGUUCGCGCCGGAGCUCUCCGCCGAGGCGGUGGUCGAGCGGCUGAACCGCGAGAAGGCAAACUCGGACAUGAUCGCGUACGCGCUCGCGCUGUACGAGAAGGACGCGACGACGGUGGUGAUCUACGUGGUGCGGGCCGAGGGGCGGAAGCACCGCGAGGCGAUCAAGGUGUCGCCGGCGGGGUUCGUGUACCGCGACGUCGCCUUCAACACGCUCGAGGAGGCGAUCAAGCACUUCAAGGUGGAGGCCUUCAAGCCGCGGCAGAGGCCCGCAGCGACUCACACCUCUGGCGGGGAAGUCGAAGUGCGAGAGACAGAGGGACGGUUCGUGCCGAUGCCACGAUAA